AUGGGUGCUCUGGCGCUGUGUGCCAUCCUCCUGGUGCUUUCAGCAUUCCUGCCUCUGACCCAGACCAAGAACAAGAGUUUUGCAGGUUCACACUCCAUGAAGUACUUGGUAACCACUACCAUGUCUCGACCGGGUCUUCGAGAUUCCCAUGUCUUCAUUGUUGGCUAUGUGGACUACAUGCAGUUUAUGCGAUUUGACAGUCAUGGAGCUACUCAGAGGAUCCAGGCGCGGGGACCCUGGAUGAAGCAGAUGGGGCCUGAGUAUUUAGAAAUGGAGAGAAAGGCUUCAGAGAGGCAUUCACACAGGGCCCAAGAAAACCUGAGAUUCGCAAUCCAGGUCUAUAACCAGAGUGAUAAUGUCUCUCACACUUUCCAGUGUUUACUGGGUUGCGACCUGGGGCCAGAUGGACGCCUCCUCCGUGGGUACUAUUCACAUGCUUUUGAUGGCCACGAUUAUAUCAGCCUGAACUCGGACCUGAGAACAUGGACUGUGGCAGACAGGACGGCUCAGAUCACCCAGCGACAGUGGGAGGCACAUGGUGUAGCAGAGGCCUUCAGCUACUUCUUGAAGGUCUUUUGUGUUCAGUGGCUACUGAGACACUUGGAGAUAGGGAAGGAGACUCUACAACGCUCAGAUCCCCCAAAGGCACAUGUGGCCCAUCACCCCAGACCUGAAGGUGAUGUCACCCUGAGGUGCUGGGCCCUGGGCUUCUACCCUGCUGACAUCACCCUGACCUGGCAGAGGGAUGAGGAGGACCUGACCCAGGACAUGGACACUGUGGAGACCAGGCCUUCAGGGGAUGGGACCUUCCAGAAGUGGGCAGCUGUGGUGGUGCCUUCUGGGGAGGAGAAGAAAUACACAUGCCGAGUGGAGCAUGAGGGGCUGCCUGAGCCCCUCACCCUGAGAUGGGAACCACCUCCUUGGCCUGUGGUUGGAACAGCUGUUGGUGUAGUUCUCCUUGGGGUUGUCAUCGUUGGAGCUCUGAUUGCCAUUGUGAUGAUGAGGAAGAAGAGUGCAGGUAGGAAAGGGAUUGGGUCUGAGGGUUUUCAGUAG